AUGUCCAUUUUUGAACCCCAGUUUGCCCAGGCAAUCAAAGAGUUCAAUGCCCGUUUGGGUGACGAGCUUUCAAUAAAGCCAGGCGAUACUAUUGAGAUCAUCGCCGAUGAUCGUGAAUUCAAUGAUGGUUGGUAUAUGGGUAAAAACUUGAACUCCAACAUGGCAGGUUUAUACCCCAAAUCAUUUACCAAGCCUGCUCAAAACCCAAAUAACCGAGAGCUACAUCGCAAGCAGUCAAAUGAUUCGAGUUUAUUGCGCUCAAGGCUGAGAAAUAGACAAUCUUUAUCAUCGCCUUUGAAUUCGCCGAUUCCAUCAGCGUCUCCCCAAUCGCAUUUUAAUAACAGCAACCAAAAUUUCAACGGCGGCAGUACACGGUCAAGCACUUCUUCAAGACUCUCUUCUCCAAACAUCAAUAAAUAUAACAACUCGGUCAACAGCUCUCAGAAUAACAAUAUUACCGGGUUGAUAAAUAACCAAAGAUCGAAUAGUGGCAAAUUCAGUAGUUUUGACGAAGAACAUGUUAAACAGUCAUCAUCUGGAAAUCAUCGCAGCAGUCAUUCGUCGGUGAUCAGGACUAUGUCAGAAAUUGAUCAAGCUUUGGAAGAUUUCAGACCAAAUGAAUAUGAGGAGGAUAAUUUAUCGCAAAAGUCGUAUGGCAACCAAAAUUUUGCUUCCAAGCUGAUUCUUGAUUGGGACUCGCAGGACGUUGGUGAUUAUUUCAAGUCGCUUAAUUACAAUACUGAAGCAGUGCAGUUUCAAAGACAUAAAAUUACCGGGAAUAUUUUACUUGAACUAGAACUUGCGUAUCUAAAAGAAUUGGAUAUUGGUCCUUUUGGUACUCGAUUUGAAAUUUUUAAAAUCAUUGAAAAUUUGAAGAACAAAGUGAAUAAUGGUACUCCAAUACUUGAACCUCGACAAAUGAAUAGCCGAGCGGCGUCAAAAAGAGUAUCAGGGACCGGAAUAACGAUUAAAAAUACAAAGCAACCAUUUGACAAGCCGAACCCCGUGGUCCAGCAACAACCUCCGGCAGCGAACAAUUAUGCCAAUGAAUAUGCUGCGCUUGCUGCCCCGGACGUGAGUGAUUACAAGAUUGGUGAUGGUUAUACCAUGGAUAAUCCGUACCUCAAUUUGUCUACCGAUAAUUUUUCUGGGUCUGAACCUGUUUCAACUCAACCGCAACAUGAAGAUAAAGAAGAAGAAGAACAACAACAACAACAAGAAGAUAAUUAUUCGAUGUCAAGCAAUAGUGAACUUAUGCCGUCAAUCCCAGUCCAGGAUUCGAAAUCGGUUAUCAGCAAUGACGCGCCUUCUAGUAUCGCUGACCAGAGAAAAUCUAUUCAGCAGAAACCUGGCUACGCUAAUAAUAACGUUGCUACUUCGCCCCCUACCAGUGGUAGUCAAGUUUCAAAAUACAACUUAAGCUCGGCAGGGUCUCCAGUAUUUCUGCAGGCCCAGCAACAGCUGCAGUCUGAGGAGCGUCAGUUUUCGCCUGUUCGUAAAGCACCUCUUCCUCCAGGAGGAAGCUCUCCACCAAAACUGAAGCAAAGUACUACGGAAAUUUACAGUAACUCUUCACCUUCGACUCCUAAUGCUAGUCGCAAUAACUCUAGCAAGCUUGGAUAUAUUCCGUUCAGUGCUGGGUCAAGAAUUCCUGAUUCUCCGAUUUUCCAACCACCGGAAGAAGAAUUUAGCAAAUUGAAUUUGAUCAAUGAGCAGCAAGAAGAAUUGUCUACUAAUAGCAGUACGUCGUCAUCGACGGCGGCAAUAAACCAACCAAUUUCGUCGCCGAAAUAUCGUUCUGCUAGUGCGAAUGAAGCCAGCUCCAAAUCGCCAACCGCGAAACACAAUUUCAAUCCAAAACGAGCCGUAUCAUCGGCAGUUGAUUCUAGGCCACCGCUUGAUAACUCGGUGGGCAGUAGCGAGUCGAGUUUUAAAGUGAAUCAAGUUCGUAAUGCCCAAACCUCCAAAGUGGUGAAGAAGACCAAAAAGCAAACGUCGGCGUUCCAAGAAGGGAUCAAUCGUGUUACUCCAGAAAUGUCGGCGAAAACUGCCGAACAUUCUGGGUGGAUGUCGAAGAAAUCUAGUUCGACGGUUGGUACUUGGAAGCAGCGGUUUUUCACCCUUCAUGGUACGAGACUUUCUUAUUUUGGGAAUUUGAAAGACACCAAAGAAAAGGGGCUUAUUGAUAUCACUGCCCACCGGGUGCUUCCAGCUCGUGAAGAUGACAAGCUUGUAUCGCUUUAUGCUGCGACUACUGGGCAAGGGCGUUUUUGUUUUAAGCUUGUGCCUCCGGCACCAGGGUCUAAAAAGGGGUUGACGUUCACUCAACCCAAGGUGCAUUAUUUUGCGGUAGAAACCCGGGAAGAAAUGAGGAAUUGGAUGUCGGCGUUAAUGAAGGCGACCAUCGAUGUUGAUGAGACGGUGCCGACGGUUAGUACCUGUUCCACCCCGACGGUUUCUUUGGCGAAAGCCCAAGAAUUGUUGCUCAAGGCCCGAGAAAAUGCCAAGGCUAGAGAAGAGCAACUUAAAGCGAAAGGGUUCUUGCAACCAGGGGUUAAUCCUAAUAAUGUUGAGAGUAGUAGUACUACUCCAUUGAGUUCGCCACCGAUUGCUGGAGACCAGAUCACUUCGCCGAAUUUGGAAAUAAUGGGGAUGGUUGAUAACAAUAGAGGGACGUUAUCAUCGUCUGAAAGUUCUAUGUUUGGAGGAGGUGGGGCAGGGGAUGGUAAUAAUAAUGGGAUGAUGGUUUCUCCAAAACCUGAAGAAGGGCGUUCGACGAAAUUUGGAAGAUUUCUUAAGUCAUGA